AUGGGUUCAUCAGGGGUGGAUCCUUUUGACGUUUUUGAUACGUUCUUUGGAGGGUCAGAUGGGAUUUUUGGUGGAAGGGGUGAAUCAGGAGGCAUGAACUUCAAUUUCAGCAGUAGGGGAAACCAGCGUCUUGACAUUCGGUGCGAUCUGUGUUUGAGCUUUGAAGAAUCCAUUUUCUGGGUACAGAGAGAAAUUGAAGUUUCUUGUGUUGAGACAUGUGAUGACUGCGGUGGAACAGGUGCUAAAUCUGAUAAAGGAAUAAAAUCAUGUACUGGUUGUGGAGGAAGAGGAGGGGUGAUGAAAACUCAGAAAACACCAUUUGGAACGAUAUCGCAGGUAUCAACCUGUUCAAAAUGUGGUGGUGAUGGUAUAAUAAUCACUGAUCCUUGCCAAAGAUGCAGUGGUGAUGGACAAGUGCAGUAAAAAAGAACUAUGAACGUGAUCAUCCCAGCUGGUGUUAACGAUGGAUCCACAAUGCAAAUUCAAGAAGAGGGGAAGUUUGAUAAGAAAAGGGGUAAAGCUGGUGAUGUCUACAUAGUCGGUCUCGAUCUGUACUCAAAAAUCAAUACUGAUUAUACCGAGGCCAUUUUAGGGACCGUCAUAAAGGUUGAAACUGUUGAAGGUUUGAAAGAGCUUCAGAUUCCUUCGGGAAUUCAACCUGGAGAGACAGUGAAGUUGCGACGCAUGGGGGUUCCAGACAUCAACAGACCUUCUGCUCGAGGAGAUCACUUUACUGUCAAUGUUCUGAUCCCAAAGAUAAUCCGUGAUAAGGAACGUGCCCUUGUCGAAGAACUGGCUUCACUUAAGUCAUCUAGAGAAGGCCAUUCAGCUGCUCCCAAAGGCACUGGGAUACGAGAUGGGAACUUUGGCAAGCAUAGAACCAGUGCUUCAAACCAGGCCACUAAACGUUCUGUAUCCUUGUGGGAAUCGAUAAAGGGCGUAUUGGGGAAGAGGCAGUCGGGAGAGGGAUUUGCAUCACUCAGCGUGGACAGGCCACCAUUGUCACGGGGUUCAUUCAAGCCAAAUCCGUCGUAUAUGGCAUCAGUUUUUACUGUUUUAGUUGUAAUGUGUAUUUGUACCGUGAUUGGAAAGGCCGAUAACCUCACUUUGUUACAGCAAAAGGAUGGUUCUCCUCGUACUCGUAGAACAAAAAAGAACAACGUUGAUAGAAAUACAAAGUCUUAAAAGUUGCUAACUAUGAUGUAGUUUUUACCUACAACAUUGUACAUUGGAUUUUAGGAAAUCCUAAGUCCCUCCUCUGUCGUCCAAAUGUAUUUCAGUCUUGAUUGUCGAGAAAUUUUUUGAAUAUUAUCUAGUUUUUACGAGGAGAGUGAUUCGAGCUCGGAAUACAAAGAGAC